CAUCGGCAUCAAGUCAAGCAAGUCAACACAGCCGCAUCCAGACGAAGCGGCCCGAUCUACGCUAAUCCGCGAUAGGCUUAGCACACAUCCCACCUCAAUCUCUGGAUGAGAAAAAAAAGUUCCUGAGCCCUAAUCACUGAUCCCCAUCAAGCAACAAGCGCCUUUUUUCAUCCUGUCGCACGACUGGCUCGUGGACACUUAUACCGGGAUAUUCACAUCGUAACUACGACACAAUGUCCAAAAGAGCUGCCGACGCGUCCGAGGAGCACUCCGCUGCUCUCAAGGCCGGAGAGCGGCCGGUCGCCGAUGACAUUCCAGACGAGGCAGGGGAGUUCGAAGAUGAGUUCGAGGACGAGUUCGAGAGUGAGGACGAGAUUUUGGAAGCAGGUGUCGAUGGAAGACCUGAUGCGGAGCGCGAGGAAGAGGAAAAAGACGCUAUGGAGGUUGACAAACAGACAUUCAUCCCUGGAAGAACAAAACUGGCUCCUGGAGAGGUACUGUCUCCGGAUCCGUCUACAUAUGACAUGUUACACACGCUCAGCACACCAUGGCCUUGUCUCUCAUUUGACAUUGUGCGCGAUUCCCUUGGCGACAACCGAAAGACAUACCCCGCGACGGUCUACGCUGUUUCUGGUACACAAGCGGCGGGAGGAAGAGCAAAGGAGAACGAACUGCUGGUGAUCAAGAUGAGCGGUCUCAGCAAGAUGGAGAAAGAGAACGAGACAGAUUCGGAGAGUGAUUCAGAUUCAGACGAUGAUUCCGACGAGCCGAUUCUCGAGUCGAAGAGCAUUCCCCUCGGAUCAACAACGAACAGAAUCCGCGCACACCAAACCCCUUCCCAGUCUGCCGACUACUCCAGGCCGCCACAGACGAUCACAGCGACCAUGCUCGAAAACUCCCAGGUCGUCAUCCACGAUGUGACUCCUCAUCUGACCAGCUUCGACGUCCCCGGCACAGUAUUGCCGCCGUCAGCCUCCAAGCCGCUUUCGACCCUGCGCAUGCACAAAUCCGAGGGUUACGCUCUGGAUUGGUCCCCACUCCAGCCCCUUGGAAAGCUGUUGACCGGUGACAAUGACGGAUUGAUCUACGUUACCACCCGCACAGAAGGCGGAGGCUGGGUUACAGACACCCGGCCAUUCACCGGCCACACAUCUUCUGUCGAAGAACUACAAUGGUCACCAAAUGAGCGCAAUGUGUUUGCUUCCGCCAGCAGCGACGGAAGCGUGAAAGUCUGGGACGUCCGGUCAAAGUCACGCAAGCCCGCCGUUGACGUCAAGGUCUCCAACACAGACGUCAAUGUCAUGAGCUGGUCAAAGCAGACGUUCCAUCUCCUGGCCACUGGUGCUGAUGAUGGACAAUGGGCUGUCUGGGAUUUGAGACACUGGAAGCCGAAUGCGUCCGCCCCCUCGUCACAGAUCAAAGCAUCGCCAGUCGCAGCUUUCGACUUCCAUCGUGAGCCCGUCACCAGUAUCGAAUGGCACCCCACAGAUGACAGUGUUGUUGCCGUUGGUUCUGCCGACAAUACCGUCACCCUCUGGGAUCUGGCUGUGGAGCUUGAUGAAGAAGAGAGCCGCGAGGCUGGCCUGGCCGAAGUGCCUCCCCAGCUGUUGUUCGUUCAUUACAUGGAGUCUGUCAAGGAGAUUCAUUGGCAGGCUCAGAUGCCUGGUACCAUCAUGGCAACGGGCGGAUCCGGAUUCGGUGUCUUCAAGACUAUCAGUGUGUAAAUAAUCGGCAUGCGCAUGCGGCACUUGACCUUCUUGAAACGACGAUACCAACAGCUUCUACGCUGUCAUUUGAUGAACAUAUUAUAGAUUCUUACAUAGGGUAGUACAGCUCGGAAUUGAAUGAAUGAUUAUGAAGUGCG